UACAAUCAAGCCAUCUACUCUUCAUCACCAUUUUCUUUGUUCUUUUGGUUCAUAGCACUCACCUAUAUAUAAUUAUAUAGGAAGAGUGAAAAAAUUGAUUUUAUAGAAAGAAAUCAAUAACUUUUCGCUUAAUUUGCUUUAAAUUCUUUUAAGUAGCCACGAAGAAACAUGGGCGGUUGUUAUAGCGCUCCCAAGACCUUGAAAAAGGAGAAGGGUCGGGCCCCAGCCCCAGCCCCACAAGAGGCCAAGGAGGAGACCAUCCCCAAAGUGGCAUAGUUCCAUAAGGAGGAAACUACCCCUGAGGUGACGAAACCUCAUAAAGAAGAGAUUCCAUCUGAGAAGACAAAUUUGAAUCCAGAUGUCACCCCUAAGAUGGAGACGUGUAAGGAACAUAUAAAUCCUGAGGUGGUAAUGCCUCCUAAAGAAGAGACCACUCCUGAGCCAGUGUUGUCUCCCAAGAAGGAGACAACCCCUCAGGUGGUGGCCUCUAAGGAAGCAACCUCUUCUGAGGUGGUGGUGUUGCCUAAGGACGAGACCACCCUCGAGGUGCCAUUGACUCCCAAGGGGGAGACAACCAUCGAGGUGGCCGUUCCUAAGGGGGAUGCCACCAUUGAGGUGGCUGUUCCUGAGGAGACCAUGGAGGCGGCAGUGACUAAAGGGGAGACUACAUCUAAGGAGGCUACCGACAACGAACGUGUUGAUGCAAAAGACACAAAGAAAGACAAGGAUGAAGAGGAGAAUAAGGAUGGUGAAAAGGUUGCCGACUCUAAGCUCAAUGAGGAAAAAACACUUGAGGAAGAGGCCAAAGUUGUUCCAACUAAGGUUAAUGAAGAAGAAUCCAAAGACAUCGAAACAAAAAAGGAAGAACUCAAAGUUGUCAAGGAGCAAUAAUUAUCGGCCUGAUUUAUACAUUAUCCAUGUACGCAACUAUCAUAUACUAUCACAUUUAUAAUCAGACGUGCUCCUCACGUGUUUUUUGCGGUGUUAAAUAUAGUGUUGAUACUUGGUGUAAUGG